AUGUUUAGAAAAGAAGACGUGCAUUCAAGAUCGAACGUAAAAUCUUCCGUUCAGCGUACUCUCAAGACCAAACUUGUUUCACAGUUUCCAAAACUAGAAGAGGUCAUUGACGAGCUAGUUCCUAAAAAGAGCCACGUUGAGCUCAUUAAGUGCGAAGAUAAGAUUCAGCUGUACGCUGUUGACGGUGAGGUGUGUUUCUUUCAAAAGUUUGAUGAGCUAAUUCCAACUUUGAAGCUGGUUCACAAGUUCCCUGAAGCAUUCCCAACGGUUCAGGUGGAUCGUGGUGCUAUCAAGUUUGUACUGUCCGGUGCCAACAUCAUGUGUCCAGGUCUCACAUCGCCGGGCGCGCAGCUGCCAGAGGCACCAGGGCUCGAAAAAGAUGCAUUGGUGAUUGUUAAGGCAGAAAACAAGGAAAGCGCGCUAGCAGUCGGGAGGCUCCUCAUGAGCACAGAGGAUAUCAAAUCUAUCAAUAAAGGUCACGGAGUUGAAAUGAUUCACCAUUUGGGCGAUCCUUUGUGGACCUUUUCUGUCGAAUGA